GUGGGAUUGUUAUUGUAAAUAAGGCGCCACUGAGAGUCCUAGAGGCUGCAGGCCCAGCCAGCCCCUCCUUUUGUUUUGACUCAAGAAAAUAAAGCCUAAUUUGAGGAGUCUCAAGCUUAGUCAUUGGGGUAACAUAUGUCUCCCCAGUUGGGAUUCCCCAUUCAUUCCUACCCACCCGCUAUUCUAGUUUUCUGUAUUUUAUUCUUAUAAUAUUCAUUUGCUCCCAGUGUAAGGAAGUUCAAAUCUUUAGUGGAAAAAUGAAAGAAUAAGAUGUUAAUUAUGGACUGCAAAUAAGAGUACAUUUCUUAUGGGAAAUUAUGAUCAAACCUUAUAAUGAGUUUGUUUAAACACUUUAGUUUUAAUACCACGUUCAGUUCCUUUGUGCUGCAGGAUUUAGAGGUUUGACUUCUUGAUAUGCAGUGAAAAUGGGAAGGCAGAUCUAAGUGAUUCAGAGCAAAGUGCAUUGUCUGAGUGAGCUCAGAAUUUGUUUCCAAAAUAUUCCUGAUUUCAGAUCCUGGCUGAUGGUUGAAUCUUAGAGGCUGUGAGCACUCAAAGUCUAAUAACACCUGCUUUAACAGCAGUUUUCUGAAGAGCAGAUCCUUAGAAUCUGUAUCUAAUACGUUUAUCGAACAAAUGACUAAUAAAGACAGAGAAAAGCCUACAAUAAGUUUUCUUCUUUUUGAAAAGAUUAAAAAUGUUUCUCUAACAGUUUUCUCUCGGCCAGGGUAUCAUUUAAAAAGUGGAUAUCUUCAGCACACAAAUUAUGAUAUUGAGGAAUCACGAAACCACGCUGACGAGCCUGUUGGAGAUGACUACAAAAAGAUGGGAACUCUUUUUGGUGAACUGAACAAAAGCCUCCUCAACCUGGGCUUCACGAGGAUGUAUUUUGGAGAACGAAUUGUGGAACCAGUAAUAGUCAUUUUCUUUUGGGUUAUGCUGUGGUUUCUUGGCCUGCAAGCUCUUGGACUGGUUGCUGUUCUUUGUCUUGUCAUUAUUUAUGUACAGCAGUGAAACGUGGCAGAAUGAAUGGAUGUUUGACAAUUGGUAGCCAUCUCUGUAAUGGGUGAAGUUACACAUUUCUUUUUUUUGGAACCCCAAGAAGUUUUCCUUGUUUUAACCUUUAUGCUGGCUGUUUUAUAAUUAAAUUUGCAUAUAAAUACUGUUUAAAACUCAGUUCAACUCUUGUUCAUAACAGGGGCAAAAAUAGAUUUUGAAUACACAUAAGCUUAGUUAAAAUCCUGUUUCACUACUGUGAUCUAUGCCCUCAGACAUCUCUGUUCCCAUGAGGAAUGUUACAUGAUACCAACCAAAUGGUGAGCAAGCAAGUAGCAGAAUAUGGAAUUCCAGUCAAGCAAUAUAGUUCUUACAGAGUGCUAAUAAAACAUUUUAGAAAAAAAAAAAGGGAGAAACAAGUUAAAAAUAAGUUUAAACUGAAAAACUGUUCCAGAUCUGCCAGAUUAUUUGAGCAAUAUUUGGAUUUCUGUUAAUGACGCCAUGUUCUUUGAGUAAUGUUUGCAUUCUGUUGUCCCUGCUUCGCCCAAAUAAAGGUAAAUGAUAAUUAUCAUA